AUGCAAUAUAGUUUGACAACAGUUCAGAUUAUGGUGGAGACUGAUUCCUGUACUUUAUUUCAAAUGGUGAGAGGAUUAGCUGCUGUUCCAUGGAAGAUGAAAUAUCUGUUAGAAAGGAUUAAGUUGUUGUUUAAUUUUCUGAAUUUGCAAAUCAAGCACAUAUAUAGGGAAGCUAAUGGCUUGGCUGACUUCUUAGCUUCCUUUGCUGUUAAAUCAGAACAGUAUACUGAAUUUUCUGCAAACAAUAUUCUGCCAUCUAUGGGGAGGAUUAUAAUGCAACAAGAUUUAUAUGGAUUUCCCUCUGCCAGAUUAAAGAGAUUGAUAUGUGAUCAAAGAGAAGAAUCAAGAGCAGUUCUUCAGUUUCUGAUGGCUGCUCCUUUUCCAAUCUGCCUGGACUAUCUUCUGGACUUCUUUUGUGAGCUUUGGAGUGUGGAGGAUCAG